CAUGUACAUAACAAAUUGAUACAACCUAACAUAAUUUGAAAGUUAUUGGUUUAAUUUAACAACUAAUAGUUUUCUAUUUCCUUUUUGCCCUUGUUCACAUCAUAGGCCUUGUAUUCCUUUUCCUUCUUCUAGUAACAUUUUGUAUUAAUCACAUUUUUGUAUGUUGUUUUUGAUUUUUUUGUUGACCACACUUCUUUGUUGCUAUUUUUUAAUCGUUAACUCUUUUAUAAAUUUCUCGUUUCUUUGUGAUUUCUCAUAUAAAAUUAAUUUUCCUAAUUCACAUUGCUUAUCAACUUAUCAAACACUAUGGAUAAACGAACUUUAUGCAAGGGCAUUGCAUAUGCAAGGGUAUGAAACAAAUGUCUUGGAAUACUUUUGCGAUGUUUCAAACAUAUAAUAUGAAUGUCGAAGAAACGACACUAUUUUUUUUAUGGCACCUACCGCAAAUUUUUAUAACAAACUUUCUCAACAUUUUAAUUGUACAAUCAAGUUGAUAGUGUCAUGCUUCUCGUUGAGAAUGUUGCCUUCUUGUUCAACCAUGUUUAUUUGCUUCUUGAAGUAACCAAACGUUAACGGGAUUAAAAGUGCACGUGGAAACAGGAGUA